GUAUUCUGCUUUGGUCGGGUGGCUCUUUCCUUCGGAGCCAUGUGGUGCAGCCAGUUCUUUCGGUCCCCGUUUGUUCUGGGGCAAUGCAGCCCUUCGCGGGCGCAGUCUGCUUUGGCCCAGCUCAAGCACCUGCUGGAGGGUGAGCUGGAGGGUAUCCGAGGGGCCGGGACCUGGAAGAACGAGAGGGUGAUAACAUCAAAGCAAGGCCCGCAUAUUAAUGUGGAAGGCAGCCGAGGAGGUAAGCCAUUGGGAAAGAGAAAAGAAAGAGAAAAGAAAGAGAAACGGAUCCUUGGGGAGAGGGAUACAGAAACUUAUUUGGCAAUAGUUUCGGGGAAAUCAUGGAGACUGCGCAGCAGGAUGACUGAAAACUCUACCACGGCACCUGCUGCCAAGCCCAAGCGGGCCAAGGCGGUCAAGAAGUCCACGGACCACCCCAAGUACUCUGACAUGAUUGUGGCCGCCAUCCAGGCUGAAAAGAGCCGGGCUGGUUCUUCACGCCAGUCUAUCCAGAAAUACAUCAAGAGCCACUACAAGGUAGGGGAGAAUGCAGAUUCCCAAAUCAAACUGUCCAUCAAGCGGUUGGUCACCACAGGUGUCCUGAAGCAGACCAAGGGUGUCGGAGCUUCAGGUUCCUUCCGCCUGGCCAAGAGUGAUGAACCCAAGAAGGCUCCAGUCAAGAAGGCCAAAAAGGAAGUCAAGAAGGCUACAACACCCAAGAAAGCCGCUAAGCCCAAGAAAGCUGCUGCCAAGUCACCGGCCAAAAAGCCUAAGCCUGCAGCCAAGAAAGCCAAAAAGAAGCCAGCACCAGCUCCAAAGAAAGCCAAGAAGCCAAAGACUGUCAAGGCCAAGCCGCUGUGGCCAUUUAUUUUGGGAUUCUUUUUCUCUUACUUUCCAAAUUUUCAGAAUAUACAUAAGGAUCUGGAGGAGAAGAUCGCUCGUUUCCAUCAAAGAGAAGACGCCAUUCUCUACAUCAGCUGCUUUGAUGCCAAUGCUGGGAUCUUUGAGGCACUUCUGACGCCUGAAGAUGCAAUACUGUCAGAUGAAUUGAACCAUGCCUCCAUAAUUGAUGGAAUCCGUCUUUGUAAAGCCAAUAAGUAUCGUUACAAACAUAUGGAUAUGCAAGAUCUGGAAAUCAAGCUGCAGGAGGCACAGAAAUGUCGUUUGCGGAUGGUGGCUACAGAUGGUGCUUUUUCCAUGGAUGGUGAUAUUGCCCCGUUAAAGGAAAUAUGUAGCCUCGCUCAGAAAUACAACGCCUUUGUUUUUGUCGAUGAAUGUCAUGCCACUGGAUUUCUUGGGCCUAAUGGCAGGGGCACUGAUGAGCUUUUGGGAGUGAUGGAUCAAGUAACUAUAAUCAACUCAACACUUGGAAAAGCUCUUGGGGGAGCAGCAGGUACCAGUUUCAGCUAAUGCUUUUAACAUAUA